AUGGCCCGCUGGCUUGUCUCCAAGAAGGGUGUGCCCGUGUUGGCAAGCGUGAGAUCGGACCCUGCUGCACAGUCACCAUGUGUCUUGGUCGUGAAGUACAACGAGGAGCCAUUGCAGCUUAGCUUCCAUUUACAAUACACGACUUUCAUUCAUGGCUUCGAUGUUGAGCAAACGUUUACUUUGAUCUAUGAUGCUGACAACCUGAUGCGCGACGCAACUACGCUCAGCGAUGCUACCAAGUCCCUUUCCCACGACCAGUUGACUUCCAUCGCACGCGCCGGAAAUCCCCAAAUAAGAGCAUUGGCUUUAACGCUCGCGAAGCCAUGCAAGAUCAGGUGCCCUUCUUCAACCGCUACCUUCACAUCGAAGAGCGGAUACGAGGCCCCCUUCCACCGCCUGGCCGCCCUCGCGAAAGCUACAGCGAUCGAUAUCUCCUUCGACUACAAUUGGGUGCACGCCAACAACCGUCUUCCUCUGGAACGCCUGUUCAAAGAAAUGGGAGCGUUCUCGGGGGUCUCUGAGAGUGCCGAUGCAUGUAGAUACGCGGACUGGGCAAUCUUCUAUACCGUAGAAGAAGACCACCAACCACCACCUUCGUACACGAACGCGGUAGAAGCAGGUGCAUCACAAAAGCGACCCAGGCGUGGUAGGUUACCUCGUACCACAAUCACAUCCUCGACAAUUACUCAUACGCAAGAUAGUUACACCACCCUCGCAGCCCGCAUCGCCUCCUCAUAA